AGUACCUGGGUUCGAGAAAAUUCUGGUGCUGAGAACGUUUAAACUGAACGAUGAUGCAGGGGAGGAGUGGCGAGGAGUGGCAUUGUUAUGGUAUCAAGUAUUGGAGCUGUUAGGGGAGCGAAAAAAGGGUAUAAAAGGAUCAUGGGAUUGUAGGACACUUUCCCUCAGGCUGGCCCUCUUACCCACAUCGACGACGACAUCUCACAUCAUAACUUUUCUUACUUUGACACAUACACCACCACCAAUAACUUUGACGACGAUACUAUGAAGUUCCUCACUCUCGCCGGCUUCUUCCUCCUGCUUGUAGCCGGAGCCAUGACGACCGUCGACGCCGCCACAGAUGCAGAGAAAGCUUGCGGGUUCGCACGCAAGAUUGGUAGUCCAUGCUCGAUCAAGCUUGAUGGGCAGCAUUCUGUCCCUGGAACUUGUCAGAAAAAGUCAGGGCCCAAACUGUUCCGCCACAGGACGUGUAUCCCCAACUCGACAUCCACUGGCGCUGGUGCAGGGGAUGGAACGGAUGGAACAAGCUAAGCUCCAGAGUAAUUUCAACUGCAGAGCAGUGUGGUGUAUGUUUCUUCACGCUUUUGCGCACCGUUGCUCCUUCUUCGAGACAUUUACGAUUUAGAGAGCUGAAAUUCUGUUUUAUGCGACUAGUUGUUGU